AUGAGUCAUGUGGAGGAAGAAGAUGGAGAACCGCUCAGCCCAAUGGCUCGUGUGUUCCAAUCGCCGGGCAACAACUGCUGCAUUGUCACCAUGAUCGGUUGCAAAACCAAGAUCAAUGCUGACGUCAUUCUACGUGCCUUGAACCAUAAUGUUUCCAAACAUCCUCGUUUUUCAAGCAAAUUGUCUAAUGAUGGUGUUAGCUGGAUUAAGACUCAAGUCAAUGUAGAAGACCAUGUACAUGUAGUGGAUAUAGACCCCAAAGAGAUCGGUGAAAAGGGAGAAAAUUUCGUUGAGGACUACGUUUCAAGUCUUACGAUGCUUCCUCUUGAUAAGUCAAAACCUUUAUGGGACAUUCACAUCCUCAACGUCAAAACAUCUGAUGCAGAAGCAGUUUGUGUAAUAAGAUCUCACCAUUCAUUAGGUGAUGGAACAUCCCUCAUGUCUCUCCUAGUUGCAUGUACUCAAAAAACAUCAGUCCUUGACACAUUCCCUAGUAUUCCUGUUCAUAAACCGCGUAAAAUAGUGCACAGAGAAAAAGGAUCAUGGUUCUUAAGGUCUAUACUAGCGAUCUUUUCAUCAGCGAGAUUGAUUUGGAACACUUUAGUGGAUAUUUUGUUGGCCUUGGCGAUUAUAUUGUUCUUGAAGGAUACAAAAACGCCUCUAAAAGGUGAUGUUGGUGUCGAGAGUAAUCCAAAUAAAUUUUGUCAUCGGAUUGUCUCAUUGGAUGACAUAAAAAAUAUAAAGGAAGUUAUGAACAUGACUAUCAAUGAUGUUCUACUCGGAGUUACACAAGCCGCUCUUUCACGGUACCUAAGCAAUUUUCCUGGUAAAAUACGACUUACGGCAGGUGUUUUCGUAAACCUAAGGCCAUACACUGGGAUCCAGGUAGGUGCAAUAUUACUUGCACGAGCUGCUUCGAACACGACCACAUCCAUUUCAAACAUGGUUGGACCUAUGGAAGAAAUCAGUUUCCAUGGCCAUGAGAUUGCUUAUAUUGCUCCAAGUGUCUAUGGACACGCUCAUGCAUUAACAAUACAUUUCUUAAGUUACGCGGAUAAGAUGGUAAUAUCGAUAGGGGUUGAUACUAAGGUCGUACCAAAUCCUCACAAGCUUUGUGAUGAAAUGGAGGACUCUCUCAAAGCUAUGAAAGCCGCUAUAUUAGAAAGAGAGUUACUCUAA